AUGAACGUAUCGUCUAAUGAUACAGUAUACGCUUAUCCUAAUAAUCGACAAACAUUAGAGCAAUGGCCAAGUACGCCCCCAACAUUUCUUCGAUUAACAAAAACAUAUGAUUAUCAAUUGGUGGUACUUACAACUGACGGUGUUGUGGUACUAAUCCCUUCAGCUAACGCAGGUUACUAUAUGACAACAGAUGAUAUUAAUGUGCCAGUAAAACGUGUUUGGUUUGGUACAAUUUUUGUUAUAAAAUGCCCAAUAGAAACAUUGAAUGGUGCUUAUUUUACAUAUGAUACAUCAUUGAGAAAUACGAAAUUUAAUUCAGCUCUACAAUUACUAGCUACAAUUAAAUUGAAUGAAGAAACACCAAUAGUUGAUAUGCUUGAUAUGCAAAAAUUUGCUAUGACUGUCAACUUUUUGACGACAGGAUACACUUGUAACGAUGUAAUUGCACAGGUAAAUCAAUGUAAUAUUCUUUGGCAACCAUCACUACAAGAGUAG